AUCACGCGCACCCUCUGGACUGUGAGGGAAUGGUUCUUUUUAAGGACCUGUGCUUCGGGCUGGGAGUCGGAGUCCUGUCAUCUCACCGGUCAAUUUAAAAACAUUCUCGGGCAACAUUACCGAAUUUCUUUCAAUAGAAUUAAUCACAGGUCCAAUGGUGUGGAAUUCUAAAGUGAGCAUAAGUUUCCUGCACAGGUGACGAAGACUCGUAACAGAACACACAUAGAAAAUGGUGCUGAUUCAUUUCUGCUUUCUGUUUUAAUCAUUCUGUGCAAACAUGUGGAGUCCAUUUGAACUGGAGUAGGCGAUUGUUAAAUGACACAAUUGAGACGUCCCAACUUUUGAAGCUCUACUUCAGAGAUAAAAGAGAGAUUGGUUUUAUCUGGCACACCAGAGAAUGGAGGCGGAGACUGAAACUGUUGCCAUUGUGACUCAGCCUCAGUUUGCACAGCAAUACAGACAAUAUUUGGAAGAGCAUGGAGCUUUGGACACAGCCUAUCGCCUCCAAAAGCAGCUUGAUGGCUCUGUGGCAUUGCCAGUGCUUUGUGACAAACUUUACAAGCUCCGUUUCCUCUCCCAGCCUGACACUGUGGCUCAAGGAAGUAAAUGUAAAGUCUCAGGAAUUAAGAACCCGGUUCCAUCCAAGAAAUCCUCAGUAAAGUCCUCCCAUCGCCUGCUGCAGGAGGAUGUCCAGGCGCUGGUGGAGCGCAGCGGUGGGUCGUGGACUGAGCGGCUGAGAGACGACCUGCCUCGUGUGUGGAAGAGACAUGGGGACAUGGCUGUCCUGAAUGAACGGUGUUUCCAGGCAGAGAUCUGGAAAACCAUGGAGCCUAACGUGUGGCAAGUGGUGGCGGCUGCGUUGGGCGUGAGACGUGUGGCAAGAGCGGGGAGAGUGUCGGCUGACGACUUCCGCACUCCAGCGGUCACGCUGCUACUGGGGGACAACGGCUGGGUUCAGCAAGUGGACAACGGCAUCAGAUAUACCUUUGAUGUUACCAAAUGCAUGUUUUCCUCGGGAAAUAUCACUGAAAAGCUUCGGAUCAGUUCGUUUGACUGUACGGGAGAGGUGGUAGUGGAUCUGUUUGCAGGGCUGGGCUAUUUUACGCUGCCGUACCUGGUGCACGCGGGAGCCGCUUUCGUCUAUGCCUGUGAGUGGAAUCCGUGGGCAGUCGCUUCCUUGAGGAAGAAUCUGGAAUUGAACAAAGUGGCAGAACGUUGCGAGAUAUACCAGGGAGAUAGUCGGCAGCUGCCCUUGUGCAGCCUGGCAGACCGUGUGAACCUGGGGCUGGUUCCCAGUUCGGAGGAGGGGUGGCCGUCAGCGUGCCGGGUGCUGAGGGGAGACCGAGGGGGAAAGCUUCACAUCCACCACAACGUCAGCACCUACCCCCAUAGCCCGGCCGGGCCCCGCAGCGGGGAGAGCAUGCAGCCCCGGGGUAAGGCGGCUGCGUGGCGAGGCUGGGCGCAGGCAGCGGCCUUCCAGGUCAGGGACUUGUUGCGGGAGCAGCACGGGAGGCCCUGGAGGACGGAGAUCGUGCACAUCGAGCACGUUAAAUCCUACGCUCCACACAUUGACCAUCUGGUGCUGGACCUGGAUUGUCGUCCCUGUUAGGAGAGGAAGAGCCGGCUGCUACAAACAUCAUCUGACACAGCCAGGUCUGACACAACAUCGACGGCUUCACGCGGGUUAGGAUUCGGAGAGUCCCGAAUGGCUCUCGGCCACCAGUAUCUGCUGCGUGUAUCCACCGCCUAACAAGACUGACUGUUGUUUCCAAUCAGUUCUAUUCCGUAAAGCGCAUCGAUAAGUUUACAUUAAAGUUGCUGCGUAAAUCCGAGUUAUUAUCGAGGAGGGGAUCAAACGGUUACCUUGGCUUCAGAGAGGACCUGAACUUUUACACAGAAAAAAACGAGUUACACAUCUCAAGAGACCAGGCUGCGUUGUCAGUGUGUGCGCGGGGAUGAAACAGAUUUUUCCAGACGAGUGGUCAGAUCUGCAGCCCCAGAGAGUCACGGCUUCUUAUUCCAUCUUUCACACAAUCUGGAUUCCCUCCCCCUCCUAUUAAGAUGCAAUAAUAGUAUUAAUAAUAAAUAAUAAUUUUUCAUCUUUCAGCCUGUCUGCCCACCCACUGUUUGGACUCUAUCCCAGAGUCCCUCCGGUUCGCUCCCUCCCUUACCUCUUUCAAGGUCUGUCUCAAGACCUUCCUCUUUGACCUCACCUUCGGUCACACUUCCCCUAACCAUCAUUCCCCCCCAGCUCAGAUGCCAGGCCGGCACCGUGAAGUACCUCGGGAUCUCAUCCCAACGUGAAAGGCCGCUGCAUAAAUGUAAAUUUCUAUUUGCACAAAGUGACGCAAGGAGAACGGAAACAUCAGCCCUAAACAUGGUUUCAUCGCCAAAUGCCUGGUUGCAGACUGCUUCUGGGAACACAGGAAUUGCUAGACGUUAAAAGAACAAGAUCCAUCUAAUUCACCUUCUACCUUCCUGUUGCAAUAAUGGAGAUGUUGACAGCAAUUAAUUCUGUAUGAACUAGUCUAGAACAGAACGGAAAGCUUUGGGAAUCUUAAAUCCAAAGCUCUUCCAUGCAUACUACAAUCACUAUGUGCCAUGUCUCAAAUUACUCGUAUACUUUAUCCCAAAAUAUUAUUUUCAGCGCCUUGGGACGUCCUCCUGAUGUGAAAGGCACUUUAUAAAUGUAAUUUUGUACUGUACUUUCUCAUUUUUUUCCGUCUCAUUUGGAUUUGAAUGAUUCAACACUUCUGCUUCUGUCGAUUCGCUAGAGAAGCCUGUUCCACAGAUUUACCAUAUAUAAAUAUACAACUCAGACGCUUGGCUGAGUUAUACAACUGGUUAACUAACGGGAAUCUGAAAGCCAAAACAGAAGCUCUCAUAAUCUCUGCAUAAGACCAAACUAUUACUACCCGAACAUUAGAUCCAAAGUUGCCUGUUUUUUCUAAGCACACGACACUUACUCUAUGUCAUGUCUCAAAUUACUCAUAUACUGUGUCCCCAAAUAUGAUUCUCUAAUAAAUAAAUAAAUC